AUUUUUAAUACGGCGUCGGCUCAUUUAUGUUUUAAUCUGUAGUUCUAGAUAAAAUUCAUCGCUUUCACAGUUCCGUUUUAUGGCAGGGCUAUUUAGAACUACACAGGUAGUUUGUGUUUCCAGGUUUCCAGAUUAGUUGCGAAUAAUUCAAGUUAUCGCAAAGACCCACAUUACAACCGGCUUUUCCCUCGUGCUACCUCUGUCAAAUUUUGAACUGAAAAUGGCGGACCCUAGUUAUAAGAGUCGCAUACAAAAUUUCAAGAAUAAAGGGAAGGAUCAAGAUGAAAUGCGAAGACGUAGAAAUGAAGUCACAGUCGAGCUUAGGAAAAACAAACGCGAGGAAACGCUCCAGAAAAGAAGGAACGUUCCAUUUGCAGAUUCUACAGAUGAAGAUGAAAUUGAAAAGUCCCUGUCGACUGUUAACCUAGAACAAUUAGUGGAGCAAGCUGCUGCUGUAGAUAACCCACAAUUGCAGUUAAUGGCUGUCCAGUCUGCUAGAAAAUUGUUGUCCUCAGACCGAAACCCACCAAUCGAUGCUUUGAUUGCUAGUGGAAUAUUGCCUAUACUCAUUAAAUGUUUGGAACACCAGGAAAAUCCAGCUUUGCAGUUUGAAGCUGCUUGGGCAUUAACAAACAUUGCAUCUGGAACUUCGGCACAAACCAAUCAGGUUGUUACUGCAGGAGCUGUACCUUUGUUCUUACGUUUAUUAAGUUCUUCACAUCAGAAUGUUUGUGAACAAGCUGUUUGGGCUUUAGGAAAUAUUAUUGGAGAUGGUCCAAUACUUAGAGAUUAUGUCAUUGAGCUUGGUGUGGUAAAGCCUUUGCUAUCAUUUAUCAACCCAGAGAUACCUAUAUCAUUCUUAAGGAAUGUUACUUGGGUUAUUGUUAAUUUGUGUAGAAAUAAGGAUCCACCACCACCAAUUGCGACUAUAGAUGAAAUUUUACCAGCGUUGAACGCCCUUAUUCAUCAUACAGAUAUAAAUAUAUUAGUGGACACUGUUUGGGCCCUGAGCUAUUUAACAGAUGGAGGAAAUGAUCAAAUACAAAUGGUUAUAGAGAGCGGAGUUGUUCCCAAAUUGAUUCCAUUGCUUAGUCAUAAAGAAGUCAAGGUUCAAACUGCAGCAUUGAGGGCUGUUGGAAAUAUUGUCACUGGAACUGAUGAGCAAACACAGGUUGUAUUGAAUUGUGGCGCCCUUUCACACUUCCCUGCUCUAUUGACACACCACAAAGACAAGAUUUGCAAAGAAGCUGUUUGGUUCCUGUCAAACAUUACAGCUGGUAAUCAAAAUCAAGUUCAAGCAGUUAUUGAUGCAGGUCUGAUUCCUAAGAUUAUUGACAAUUUGAGCAAGGGUGAUUUCCAAACGCAAAAGGAAGCUGCAUGGGCAAUAAGUAACCUCACAAUUGGUGGUAAUAAGGAACAAGUUGCUAUCUUAAUUAAUGCUGGCGUUAUACCACCCUUCUGUGAUCUUCUUAAUUGCAAAGAUGCUAUGGUUGUUCAGGUUGUUUUGGAUGGCAUCAACAACAUGCUGAAAAUGGCCGAGGCGGACGUAGAACAAUUAUGCACAAUGAUCGAAGAGUGCAAUGGCCUGGACAAGAUCGAAGCGCUACAAAAUCACAACAACAUUGAAAUUUACAAGUUGGCUUACGAUAUUAUUGAGCAAUACUUUAAUGGCGAGAAUGAAGAAGAUCCCAACAUUGCACCAGCCCCUCUCGAGUCUACUUUCAGUUUCGACCCGAGUAGUAACGUACCAAACGCAGAUUUCAAGUUUUGAUUCUACCAUGACUGCUCAGAAAAUCUUGAUUAAUUAUCUGCGUUUAGACAGCUUCCUUAAUUAAUAUGAAAGAAGAUUGUGGUAAUAUGUACGCUCAUUUUAUUUUCUGUUAUGUAAAUAUAUAUUUUUUAUAUGAUAAAUUGACGCAACAGCUUCAAAUAUAGGAUAUUUAUUUAAUUUAAAUCCACAAUUAGAAAACGAUAAUAUGGGAUUUUUGUGAAAGAGAUGGUCACACGCUCUGUUAAUUUUUACGCUGUUGAAAUGAAAUUGUGUAAAUAUCGGGCUUUUUCAAAUAUUGUGAUGAUUUAGGGGUAAAUUUAAAAUGAUCGUACAUAAUGAAAAAUCUGAGCAUGAAGUGAUAAAACUUAUAUUUUCUCUUAAUUGUAAUUAUUUUUUUAUUAUUUAUGUAAUUUAUAUGCAAUAAGAUGUCAUGCUCAGGUUUUCAAAAUAGGUUUUACUUGUAAUUAGUUAUUUUUUGAUAAAUACCAGAGUUUAAAAAAAAAAACAGUGGACUUAUUGGUAUUUAUCAGAAAUGUCACCUCUAGGACAAAUUUAACUUUUUGACUGUACCUAUUGAUUUUGUUUUUAAUGUUAACAAUGGUGAUUUCAUGAUUCAUUACAUCUAAUAUAUAAAAUGCCGUUUUCCAUUACCAAAAACUGAUUGGUAUCUCUUUUUGUAUGUUACAAUAAAUCAAAAUUCGCCUCCUUUAUUUAAGUACAUUUUAAAAUUAUUAACGUUAUGUUUUAAGUAUGAGAAUAUUUUCAAAUGUAAAUUUAUAUAGAAUAAACAUUUAAAAUAUAUUAUA